AGGACUCCAUACAUUCGGGAUUGGAUGUGAGUUGACUUUGACCGUACCAAAGCGAAGAUGAAGUUGCUAUGGAAACUGUUGGUUCUGCAGUCGUUCCUGGGGUGCCUUGCAGACAAUGCACUGCAGAGCCUGGUGUUCUCCAAGCAGCCAGGCAGCAUUGUAUUUCCAGUGGACUCUAUGGAGAAGAGCAGGGAGGUGGUUUUCAGCUGUGAGGCGCAAGGUGACCCUCCUCCGUUUUACAGGUGGAAGCUAAAUGGCAGCGUGGUCAACCCUAAACCCGGCUCCCAUCACAGCCUCACUGGAGGGAACCUUCGCAUCAACCACCUCAACAAAGACAUGGACGCCGGGACGUACCAGUGCCUUGCUUCCAACUCCUUCGGGACGAUUGUCAGCAGGGAGGCCAGUCUAACCUUUGCCUACUUGGAAAACUUCAAAACCCACAAGCGGAGUUCAGUGUCUGUUCGGGAAGGCCAGGGAGUGGUGCUUCUCUGUGGGCCUCCUCCUCACUCCGGAGCUUUGACGUUUUCCUGGAUUUUUAACGAGUACCCGUCCUUCGUAAAGCAGGACUCUCGUCGCUUUGUGUCUCAAGAGACGGGGAAUCUGUAUAUCGCUAAAGUUGAGCCGUCGGAUGUGGGAAACUACACCUGUGUCGUGACCAAUACUGUCACCAAAACACGAGUACAAGGGCCACCAACUCCACUCAUUCUGCGCACAGAUGGUGUUAUGGGAGAAUAUGAGCCAAAGAUUGAAGUACAGUUCCCGGAAGUCGUACAAGUGGCCAAAGGUUCAACUGUGCGCCUGGAGUGUUUUGCUUUGGGAAAUCCUGUACCAUCUAUAAGCUGGCGUCGAGUAGAUGGAGUCCCUUUCGCCCGUAAGGUGGAUGUAAGGAAAACCAGCGGCGUGAUGGAAAUCCCUUACUUCCAGCAGGAGGACGCGGGUACAUACGAGUGUGUGGCAGAAAACAGCAAAGGAAGAAACUCCGUGCAGGGAAAGCUCUCUUUCUUUGCCUCGCCUCAGUUAAUUGAGAAGCCGCAGGAUGUGCAGAAGCCCAUCGAUGACUCUCUGGUGUGGGAAUGCAAGGCCACGGGGAAACCAAAACCCUCGUACAGGUGGAUGAAGAAUGGAGAAAACCUGGAGCCCACUGAGGAGAGGGUGCAGGUCAUUAAUGGCGCCCUGUCCAUCACUCACCUGGCACUCUCUGAUAUUGGGAUGUACCAGUGUGUGGCUGGAAACAAGUAUGGAGAAGUCUAUUCCAAUGCUGAACUCAGAGUUAUCGCCGUCGCUCCCGAUUUCUCCCAGAACCAGCUGAAGAGUCACACUUUGGUGAAAGAAGGUGGCGAUGUCCUCAUCGAAUGCAAGCCCAAAAUGUCUCCCCGAGGCUCGAUCUCCUGGCGCAAAGGCAACGACGCCCUCAGAGAAAGCAGCAGGAUUGCUGUAUUGGAGAGUGGAAGCCUUCGGAUAUCCAAUGUCAGCAAAUCUGAUGCUGGAUCGUACACGUGUGUCGCACGCAACCAGUUUGGGGAAGCCAGCAGCCCAGGAAACCUGCUUGUGAAAGAGCCAACGAUCAUUACCACAGCUCCAAACACACUGGACGUGACGGUCGGCGAGAGCAUCAUUCUACCGUGUCAGGUGUCGUACGACCCCUCGCUGGAGCUCAAGUUCACCUGGUUCUUCAACGAGCAGCUCAUUCACUUUGGCAGCCAUGGAGGAUACUUCGAAAAAGUUGGCGGACAACACUCAGCAGGUGACAUCAUGAUCCGCAACAUUCAGCUUAGGCAUGCUGGGAAAUACACGUGUGCAGUGCAGACCAAGGUGGACAGCAGCUCCAUUGCAACUGACCUGAUUGUCAGAGGUCCCCCCGGCCCCCCUACCAGCAUCCAUGUGGAAGAAAUCACAGAUACCACUGCCACUCUCUCCUGGAGGCCUGGUCCUGAUAAUCACAGUCCAAUUACUGCCUACACCAUCCAGGCUAGAACCCCUUUCUCCCUCGGCUGGCAAGCUGUUAGCACAGUGCCGGAGGUGGUGGGGGGCUCACAUCUCACUGCUACAGUAAUCGAGCUCAACCCCUGGGUGGAGUAUGAGUUCAGAGUGUUGGCAAGCAAUGCAGUGGGCACAGGAGAGCCCAGCAAACCCUCCAAGAAAGCCCGGACCAAAGACACAGUUCCCAAGGUCACGCCAGCCAACGUGAGCGGAGGAGGUGGCAGUCGAUCAGAGUUAGUCAUCACUUGGGAGCCUGUUCCUGAAGAGCUCCAGAAUGGAGCAGGCUUUGGUUACGUCGUUGCUUUCCGGCCCUUUGGCUCCACCGGGUGGAUGCAGGCGGCAGUUCCCUCUCCUGAAGCCUCCAAGUAUGUCUUCAAAAAUGAGACCAUCUUACCCUUCUCUCCGUUUCAAGUCAAAGUCGGGGUGUACAAUAACAAGGGGGAAGGACCUUUUGGACCAGUGAUCACCAUCUACUCUGCUGAGGAGGAGCCUGGACGAGCACCCAGUCGACUCAGAGCCAAGAGUCUUUCAGCAUCUGACGUUGAGGUGUCCUGGAAAGCCCUGCCCUGGAGCACCAGCAAAAAACGUGUUCUCGGAUAUGAGUUAAAAUACUGGGAGAAGAAUGAGAAGGAAGAUGCGUCUAGCGUGUUGAGGACAGUUGGAAACCGAACGCUGGCCAUUAUUCAGGGCUUAAAAGGAAGUAGCACUUAUUAUAUAACAGUGAGAGCGUACAACACAGCGGGAACAGGCCCACCUAGUCCAGCGGUCAACAUUACCACCAAAAAGCCUCCCCCCAGCCAGCCACCAUCAAAGGUCAUGUGGAAUACAUCCAACUCUAAAAUUAUCCUGAACUGGGAACAGGUGAAGCCGCUGGAAAAUGAAUCCGAGGUUAUGGGAUAUAAGGUCUUGUACAGGAGGAACCGCUUCAGCAGACCCAACGUUAUGGAGACCAACACCACCUCAGUGGAGCUUUCCCUGCCCACAGAUGAGGAGUACAUCAUCCAGAUCAAACCUUUCGGAGAGGGAGGAGAAGGCAGCAGCAGCCGACAGAUCACCAUUCCCAGAAUAUCAGGUCCCAACGCCAUCGGCUCUGCUUCCAGUGUGUCCACGCUCUCAGCUCUCAGUACAAUAGCUCUGUCUCUCACAGCUCGCACAUCUUUAUGACAGAACACAGCGCGGGCCGCUGACUUCACGCCACAUGGUCUUCCUCCAGAGGAGACUCUGAGAAAAGUGACUCAGACAGAUCGAUGAAAACCCAUUCAUACAAACCAGAGGACCUACGUGAACCAUAAUACCGGGAUGAAGAGAAAAGCGAAAAAAAAAAAAAAAAAAAAACGGGUUGUGUGCUUCACUAGCCAAUUCAAAAUGAGAUCGAAGGAUUAUGAGAUUGAAUUUGAUGUUACCAAAGCAGCUUAAAAAAAAAAUUGAGGAAUAUAUGUCACAUGCUUCUUUUGUAUGUUAGACAUAUUUAGCUUUUUACCUUAUCUUUUUGUUUCUCUUUGGUUUGUUUGAUCCAGUCGGUCUGUCUGUUCCUAUUACAGUACGCCGGGUGUGUAGGAACUGCUUUAGAUGCAUGUCAUGUACAAUGUUUUGUAAGAGAAUGCAGGUGUCUGAACCGUAAUCAUUUAAAGCGAGACAUAUUUGGCUGAAAACCAACUAAUCAUCAUAAUUUGAGGCUGACGCUCCUCUGAGGGUCACACGUACUUAACGAGCAAAGAAUCUCCAAGGACUUCUUACUGUUUACGACACGGGAAUACUUGCACUGAAAUCACGUCUGGAAGAAAGCGAAGAACAUUUUAAAAAAUAAAAAUAAUCAAAAAACCUGACCAGAAACUCAAGAGAAUGCUGCUACGAGGCCAAGGCGGACUCCUGAAUGCCGAUCAUUGGCAUCUUUGUCACCUCCAUCCUCUCUGGUCAGCAGAAAGACACCAGGCGUUCACGUUGACCGUCUCUUUUUUCCGUCAUCUUCCGCUUCACUGUUUGUGUGUCGCAUCUAGAGCUCUUUUUUGCCUUUUGUGUGCCUCAUUGUGUGUUUUUUGGAAUCCUCAGGUCCUCAGAAAAGCCUUAAUACAUAUUUCUUAGCGUUACCUACUUAGAUAAGUGCUGGACGCCAGUGCUGUGAGUGGUUAGUCAAGCAGGAUGCUGGGGUUUUUGGGUAGUUGGUGCGAGUUUAUUGCUUCCAUGUUCCAUAUUAUAACAGCCCUAUGCUGUUUCUCAUUGUUUCAAGGCAAUACAGUGUGUGUGUGUGUGUGCGUGUGUGUUUGACCUCUACUAAUGUAGGGGCUGCGGGCUCUGCAUUUUUUUUAAAAAAGGCAUGUGGGAUGGUGCGAUGAAAGUAGCUUGUCAUUUAUUGAGGUGCAAAUAGACGUACUGCUUAAAGGAACACUCUACUUUUUCUUUUUUUGAAAAUAAGGGUCAUUUUUCAACUUCCCUAAAGUAAAACAGGUGAUUAUUGUAUGUAAAACAUUUUUAAAUUCAUUCAGCUGAUCUCCGAGUCUGACGGGAGCAAUUUUAGCUUAGCUUAGCAAAAGUCAUUGAAUCGGAUUAGACCAUUAGCGUCUCGCUCAAAAAUGUUUUGAGUUUUGGUCAAUUUCCUAGUUUAUGCUGAACUCGUCUGUCGUUGCAUCAUGUACUAAGACGGAAAUUGAAAAAUUGCUGUUUUUGACUAGAAACUAUUCUAGCGUAACAAUCAAGAAAUUUUGCUGCUGUACCAUGGCUGCUGCAGACGCAAUGGUAUUACACAGUGCUGUUAACUAGUUCCGUAGCUGGGAACUAUUUUCAGGUGCUGUGUAAUAUCAUGGUGCCUGUUGUGAUAUUACUAAGUAAAAUCAAAGUCCCUUGGUGGUUCCUAGUCAUAUUGAUCUAAAAAAAAUAGCAACUUUUCAUUUUCCGUCAGUCUUGGAGCAAAAUGUAAUAACAGAAGAAUCAAGCUUUGAAUAGGGAUGGCUUACGUGAAACUGAUGUUUCGACACAGUGUCGAGAUCCUGAAGUUUAAGUGUUUCCAAACAUUGCACCAAAGCAUGAUCCUAACCACCUGGAUCUUGUGACUAAGUUGAUAUUAAACAGUGAUUCCCAAAGUGAGGGUUGCGGCAUAAUAAGGCUUGGCGAUUUCCAAAAAUCUAAUCCAUUUUAUUAAACUAAUAGAAUUACUACACUUUAUCCAUAACCUACUGAAAAUAGUAGUUUAAUUGUAACAUUGUUAACAUGUAAAUAAUAAACAUUAAAAAACAACAAGGCCAUCAGCCUUUCUCUUUUUUUUUUUUUUUUUGCGAGUCCUGUGGUGAUUACGUUAUAUUAAAGACACAGCAAUAGCACCAGAUGCAGCACAUUGAUUUUAUGGCACCAAGUUAAACUUUCUGACAUCUUUACAGCGUUCACGUACAUUAAAAGACUUGGGCCUAUUUGUGUGUGUGCGCCGUUGUGUGCAAGGAUUAUAUAUAUAUAUAUAUAUAUAUAUAUAACCACCUUAGAGAAUAUUGGGGUUCGCGAGUCACUGGCAUUUUUAUUUUGGGGGUUGUGAGCUGAAAAGUUUGGAAACCCCUGAUAUAAAACACCCCAAGUGGUGUUUUGAAACACCAGGUCACAUGACUAAAGCGAUUUAAAGCUUCGGUCAUUUAAGAAGCUUUUCGUGAGGUGGCGUCUCUGCAUUUGACUGGCAGGGUUGGGUAUAAAAAAAAAAAAAACAUCUCAUGUAGCCUAGUGGAACAUAUGUGUGCAAAGAGUAAAGACUCGCAUUCAGUCCUGACUUGUACAAAUACUCUGUAAUUUUGACAAUGUAUUUUAGUAGUUACUUUUUUUAUGACCAAAGCAAGACAUAUUUAUUAUAUUAAUAUAUUAUAUUAAUAUUAAUAUUCUGUAAUUAUGAUCUGAUGUAUUUUAAUAAUGUUAAUCUUUUAUGACCAAAACCAGGCAUAUUUAUUUACAAGGUGUUUAUUUGGAUGUCAGACCAAUGUCCAAACAAAACGUUACAAGAACAGUGCAUUUAAAAGCUAUUAUCUAUAGGUGCAUUACCCUGGAUUUGAACCCAUUAUCUCUGCAUGCUACUCUGGGACACUCGCCGCUUUACUAAAUCACCUGAAACUAAACUACAAUGUGAGGUAUAAUGCUAGCGAAGCUGUUCCAGAGCAACACAUAAAAAUGACCACAAGACGUCACUUCAGGUUUCGAAACAUUUCGAAGCUUCAACUGUUUCAGUGUUUCAUGAAGCCUCGCUUUGCCCACCACUAAUAUUUUCUAGACUGAUGUGACUAGGAACUAUACUCUUAUUCUGGCGUGAGAGUCAGUGAACUUUGCUGCUGUACCAUGGCUACAGCAGGCACAUAGGUAUUACAGUGCUGUUACCUAGUUGUGUAGCUGGGAACUAUUUUCAGGUGCUGCGUAAUAUCAUUGUGCCUGUUGUAUUUAAGUUAAAUAGGAAAAUUAUCGAAACUUAAUUUCAUGAAGCAAGAUGCUAAUGGUCAAAUCCGAUUCAAUGAUUUAUGCUAAGCUAAGCUAAAACUGAAGAUUGGCUGAAUGAGUUCAAUAAUUGUAAACUCAGGAACUUGUAAAAUGAGCCUAUUUCUAAAGAAAAAUUGUAGUGUUCAUUUAAAGGGACACCCGGAGCUCUAAGACUGUGUGAAAACAAAUGUAUAUGUAAAUGCGUUUUUGUAUAUUCCAGAUAAUUUAUAUUUAAGUGGACAGACAUCAAAGUUUCCUACAGAACUCAUCUCGGUUUUUAUCUAACAAACAGAAUAGACGUUUCUUAGCUUACCGUGGCUCUGCAUGUGGAUGUAUUCAUUCCAUUCAUUAGGUACUAACCGAUGAACUUUUGACGAAAGGAUACAAAUACGGUCAUCCAUUUCUGAAGAUUUGUGUAUCGGUGUGUCUGUCAUAGACAGAACGCUCUUUCUCUAAGCAGUGCUUUCCAACAAACUUCUUUGGCUUUUUCCUCCAAGGUUAUCCGUUUAUACUGGAUCACAAAAUAAAAGACAUUUAUAAAAA